AUGGUCGAGUGGGCGACGGUCGUCGGCGACACGCUCGGGAUUCCCUCCGUCGUCAUGGGGCUGACCUUCUUAGCGGCGGGCACGUCCGUGCCGGACCUGCUGUCGUCGGUCAUCGUCGCGCGCCAGGGCCACGGCGACAUGGCCGUGUCGUCGAGCGUGGGCUCGAACAUCUUCGACGUGCUCUUCGGGCUCCCCGUGCCGUGGCUCUGCUACGCGAUCUACCACGACGAGCCCGUGCUCGUCUGCGCGGGCAACCUGGCCAUCUCCAUCAUGGUGCUGAUCGGCAUGAUCUGCCUCGUCGUGGGCAUGAUCAACUACAACAAGUGGCGGAUGACCAAGUCCAUGGGCAACGCGAUGUUCGUGUCCUACGGCUUCUUCGUCGCGCAGGACCUCAUCCGCGUCUUCCUGCCCAACGUCUUCGGCGGCGACUGCUAG